AUGACUCGAGAGGACGAAUACGUUUUAGGCCGAGGCAUAACGGAUUCUGUUAGGCUCGAAGCGCAGCAUCUACUAUGGAAAUUACAUAAAGGUUACGAGCUGCAUCCGCAGAUUCCCAUAACGGACAACAUGAAGAUAGCUGAAGUGGGAACGGGAACUGCUGUCUGGAUUUUUGAUGUUGCUAGGCAACUACCAUCAUCAGUUCAGCUGCACGGCUUUGAUAUAUCCAACAGUCAAUAUCCACCAAAGGAGCUGUGGCCUAAGAAUGUCUCGUUAGGGCUCCUGGACUCCCUCAGUGAUCCACCUAUGUCGCUAGCAGGUCAAUACGAUAUGGUCCAUCUUCGCAUGUGGGCAAGUAAUCUACGUGACAGCGACACAUCGUCAUUGAUUCGACACGUGAAGUGUCUACUGAAACCUGGAGGGUACAUACAAUGGGAAGACGCAGAUUUGGUACACCAACAUGUUCAGGGUGAUAAAGCACAAGAGUUUGAACAACGCAUCAACGGAAUAUUUCAGAGGGUUGGCCUUGACUACAGCUGGGUGUCUGAUUUGCCUAAUCGGUUGCGGCAAAACAGCUUCUGCAUCAUUGAAUCAGAAUCCGGUCACUUUGAACUCAACCUAGUACAGUUAUGCACGAACACAUAUCUGCUGGCUCUACGAGAAAUUCUCCAGGGCAUCAAAAGAAUACUUGACCAUGAUUUAUUACUUUCAAUUACCGAGCAGGAAGUGGCUCUUUAUCAACUGUCCUCGCAGAACACUGAUGGAUUCAUUUAUAACUGGUCGCCAGUAUCGUUAUUGGCGCGAAGAGAGGAUUGA